AUGACCACGACACCACCCCUCGCGACGGGUGCCAACCCUCCGAUUCCCGCCGAACAGCUCGCCGCACUUACAUCGCUGCUGUCGGGUCUCACCGCUGCCGCUUCCGGCACUGCCACACCCGCCACGACGUCCGGCACCACUCGCACUGCCUUUCCAAAGCACGCACGCUUGGAUGGUGCGAAGACCUUCGCGAACUGGACACGCCAACUUCGCCUGUGCCUAGCGGACGACAUCCGCUCGUACGUCCUCGACGGUAUCGCACCCGACGACUGGACACCUUCGCAACGCUCCGCUCGCGACGCCGUCGCUCGUGAGGUCCUUGCGAAUUCGAUUGACUCGGCCGAAGUCUCGGCAGUCCUCGACAAAAUCCCUACCGCCGACCUGACAGCGCCGACAAUCUACUCGACGCUGAAAUCGCGGUACGCCCCUGACGACGCCACCCGCACGCUCGAGCUCUUCUCACGACUCUGGGGUUUCCGUCCCAUGCCCGGCACGGUUGCCGAAUUCGACGGGUGGAUCAUGGACUUCAAAGCCGUUGCGCAAGAGAUCAUCGACACAAAGACAACUAUCAAUGAUGUUCUCGCCACACUCCUCCUUGCAAUCGCCCACCCGUCCCUCGAGAGCUUCAAGGCGUCGUUCACCGAUGAACAGCGCACGCAACGAACUCUCCCCGACAUUGAUUCGCUUGCCGACCGUAUGCGAGUCCAACUUCGGUCAACGAACAUCCCCAGCACUCAAUCGGCCCUUCUUGCCUCGUCGUCGUCACGUUCUACUCGUCUCAAGUGUCUCGCCUGUCGCAGCCCUUCGCACCGAGUCGCGGAGUGCCCUACGAGGGCGCAACACCCGCCGCCAGGACCCUGUCGCUCCUGCAAGAAGAAGGAUCACUGGUCUCUCGACUGCAAGAAGGCGCUCGAGGACGGCAAAAAGCCCGACACCGCUGACUCGACCGUCGACUCGCAACACCAUGUCGGAUGUCUCGCCACCGGUCUUCUCGCUCGUCGUCGCCAGCUUCGCAACCACUCUUUUGUCGUCGACUCGGGCGCCACUUCGCACAUGGUCUCGGACAAGUCGCUGUUCACGACCUAUCGCCAUAUCGCUCCUACGAAGAUUGGUGGUAUUGCAGGGGGCAUCAACGCCAUCGGAACGGGAAACAUCGCCUUCAUUGCCGCCUCGGGUCAUCCGAUCACGCUUACCGGCGUGCUGCACACUCCGGGCCUGUUUGUCAAUCUUCUCUCGGUCUCUCGACUUUGCGACACCGACGAUGUCCGUGUCGCCUUCACAAAACACGGCAUCCACAUUGACAAGGACGGCAACGACAUCGCUGAAGGCGCACGACUCGACGAAGGGCUCUACUUGCUGGACGCUGAUCAUUCCAAAUGUCAGCACCUUGCUCUCCUUUCUCGCUCACAGUCGUCCGUGCCCCUGCUGACUCUCCAUCGCUGCCUCGGCCAUCUCGCACCGUCCUCCAUACAGAAGAUGGUUGCCGCUGGUUUGCUGGAGGGUCUCAGGGCCGGAUAUAGUGACGAAGAGGUAGAGAAGUUUGUCUGCAAUGCUUGCCUCAGCGCAAAGGGCCAUCGUCUUCCCUUUCCCGAUUCGGAUUCGCACUCCUCAGAGAGACUCGGCCUUGUACACAGCGAUGUGCUUUCCUUCCCCGAGCGGUCCUUGACUGGCAAACGUUACCUGGUCACAUUCCUUGACGAUUACUCGCGCAAACUCUGGGCCUACGCAAUCGGACACAAAAGCGAAGUCUUCGGCAUAUUCAAACUUGGCUAGCCGAGGUUGAACUCGAGACGGGUGCGACGCUGAAGGUCCUCCGAACCGACAACGGUGGCGAAUACUGUUCGAGAGCGUUCACAGAGUUCUGCAAGACACGAGGCACCCGUCGACAAUACUCUAUCCCACGCACGCCUCAACAGAACGGUCGUGCAGAGCGGGUCAAUCGUUCCAUUGUCGAAGGCGUCCUUGCCCUCCUUGUCGACGCCCACCUACCCAAGACAUUCUGGGAGGAGGCUGCAGCUUAUUUUCGUUUACUGCAAGAACCUGUGUCAACACGCGGCCCUGGACAAGGCAACACCAAACUCCGUCUGGCAGGGUGACCACACCACUGCCUCGGCGCUUCACCCGUUCGGCUGUACAGCUUGGCUUACGGUCGCGCCCGAACUUCGCUCCAAACUCGACCCGAAGGCGGUUCGCGUUUUUUUCACCGGCUACGACCUGGCUUCAAAAGCCUUUCGCUUCUACGACACUACAACACAGAAGAUUAUACUUGGCAGAAAUGCCACGUUCCUCGACACUGAAUUCCCCGGAUUACAUGGCGACCCCACUGAGCAAGACGGCGACACGCACUUCGCCAGCGCUCCCACCACCGAAUCUCAAACCGUUGUCAAGACAUGGACCCCACUAGUAAGGUCGGCGCACAUGGACGUCUCAUCCCCCCUUGAUGAUUCUGCCAUGAGCGCCGUUGACGUGGCCCCAGGGUACACUGGCGGAACCUUACUUAACUUCACAGAUGCCGAAUCGUCCUCGUCACCGUGCCUGCGUCGCCCUCAUCACCGUCGUCUGCGCCAUCGCCUGCACUUUCACCAUCGUCGGCUGCGUCAUCGUCACCCUCGGCCUUACCGACCGACUCUGAAGACUCCGCCGAUCCCCUCGACCUCCUCGGCUCACAGCCCCAGGUUCGCCUCGAUCUACAGGACGUGCACCACCCAGACUUCAGCACGUACCGCGAGCCCGCAUCGGCUGAGGAGUCGCCCGACGAACUCGACCUCAUUGGGCGCCACUCUCGCGACGAAUCUCCGGACGAAAUCGAUUUCCUCACCCGACACCACCGCGCCUUCAUCGCCAUCGACGACGACACCUCUGACACAGAGGCAAUUCAGCCAGUCAAGUCCAUCACGAGCGACCCACAGACCUGGCGCGAGGCGAUGUCUAGCGACAAGCGUGAAGUAUGGGCCAAAGCCGCCACCGACGAGUUCACCUCCAUGCGCGACGACUUCAAGGUCUUCACCAUCGAGGACCGAGCCACGGUGCCGCGGGUGCGACUAUCGUUACAUCCAAGUUCGUCUGGAAAACGAAACGGAACGCACUCGGCGAAGUCACUGGACACAAGGCAAGGCUGGUCGCGCAAGGCAAUCGGCAACGCGACGGCAUCGACUUCAACGAAACGUUCGCACCGGUCGCACGCUUCUCCUCGAUACGCUCACUCCUCGCGCUGGCGGCCGCCAACGGCUUGCACGUGCACCAGGCGGACAUCGACAAAGCAUAUCUGCAUGGCGACCUUGACCACGACAUCUGGAUGACGGCACCGCGCGGGCUUCGACCUUCCCAGCGACAAGGUGCUUCGCCUGCGACGCUCCAUCUACGGGCUCAAACAGGCUGGCCCGAAUCUGGAAUCGACACAUCGACGCUUCGCUUCGGGCCCUCGGUUACACGGCGACGGGCACCGACCACUGCGUAUACUCUUGGCUCGAUGAUCGUCAAUGUCCACACUACAUCGCACUGUACGUCGACGACCUCCUGAUGAUCAGCCCGGAACUGGCCGAAAUCGAACGUGUCAUCUCAGGCCUGGACCAACGCUACGGAGUCAAGCGCCUCGGCCCGGCCGAGUAUAUCCUCGGCAUCCAGAUCAGGCGGUUCGACGACGGCUCUAUCGCCCUAUCCAGGAACGGUACAUCAUGGACGUGCUCGCUCGGUUCCACUUCGACACCACGACUCGCGGCACUACAGUUCCGAUGACUCCCGGCCUUUCGCUCACUGCUAUCCCGGGUCAAGGCACCGAACGGAUCAGGUCAUGGUAUCUGCAGGCUAUCGGCUCGCUCCUCUACAUUUCGCUCGGUACCCGCCCUGACAUCGCCUUCGCCGUGUCCUACCUGGCCCGCUUCGCCAACAACCCCGGUCGUCGUCAUUGGAUUGCGGUCAAGCACAUCCUACGCUAUCUCCGGGCCACGUAUCGCAACGAACUCGUGUAUGCUCGCGGCCAGGCUCGCAUCACGGGUGUGGUAGGCUACUCCGACGCGAACUGGGGGGCCUGCAUCGACACAUCGGUGUCCACCAUGGGCUACGUCUUCUACAUCGCUGGCUCGGCCGUGUCCUGGUCGUCCAAACGCCAGUCUCGAGUUGCCGAUUCGACCACCGACGCUGAAUACCUCGCCCUCUCGCAUGCUGGCAAGGAAGGGAUUUACCUCAGUCAGCUGCUCGAAGAGCUCCAUGUACAACCUGUUGCACCGGCUCACAUCUUUACUGACAACGAAGCCGCUGCUGCAGUUGCUCACGAUCCUGUCCGCGUCUCUGGCACUCGGCACAUACGCUUGCGUGAGCACUUCGUUCGGGACAUGGUGAAUCGGGGCGACAUCUCUCUCUCGCAUGUGGGUACCAGCGACAUGGUGGCCGACAUCUUCACCAAGGCUCUCGGCCCAAAGGUCUUCUCAACGCACUGCUACGCCCUCGGCCUUCGCACUCGACACCCGCGGCUUGGGUCUGCCUCGCAUUCGCGUGGGGGGGGGUGUGAAGAGUCCACUCUCAGCUCGACAGGGGCGCCUCGGUCGUUGCGCGCACUUGCUAGCCCGCCCCCGGCGGUGGGGACUUAGACGCGCGCGACUGCCUCAGCGCGCCAGCGCCGGCGGAUUCAUGCGCGCGCCCGCUAGCCCGCCCCUUGCGGUGGGGACUUAGGCGCGCCGGCGAUUUCACCCGCGGCUGACUUAGGGAUGUACAUUGUCACGCGCCUGGGACUAUCCCAGCGUGGCCCCCCCUUUCUGUUUCUUAGCUUCCUUCUCAUCACUUCUGUUCGACUCUCAACCUCUCCUGACAGUAGUGGUGAACGUCUCAUAGGUACGCUGAAAUAGAUCACUUCUGUUCGACUCUCAACCUCUCCUGACAGUAGUGGUGAACGUCUCAUAUCCUGGGCGUGACCCCGCAGUUCUUUUUGUCGAAGACGUAGCCGACGCAGCCGACAAUUCUGCGAUUCCGGAACGGAUUGUUCGCGAUUGGCGGAACGCUCGGGGCGCUCGUUCGUUCUUGGUUCGAUGGGUAGGCGUAACGACACCGACGAUACUUGGAUGUCAGAGCAGUCCAUUCGCCUUGACCAUCGUCCGUCCUCGACGCCUACCUCGCGCGCCUCGAUCGCUCGAACCGCCGCCUCGCCGCACGGUAGACUUCCUUCUGGGGGGGACAGUGUCAGGAUGA